AGAAACGUUAUUUCGGUGACACCGAGGGUGAUUCUAUUUCUCAUUCCUAGACAGCUCCCCUUCUAAUUUCCACAGUCCCCCGCAGCCCUUACCGUGCCCUAUCUCUCCCCCCGGUGGCCGUUCCACCUUCACCGCCGUUCACAGCUCCACUCUACGACAACAAGGAACGACUUACGGCGCCGAGCUGCUCGUAGAAACCCCCAAAUGUAAAAUUUCUUAAUGCUAUUCUGGUUUUUGUUUUUGGGAUUUGGGAAUGGGCAUGUGCAUGUCAUCUUGUGUGGUUCUCAAUUUUUCAUGACUUUGGUUCUUGAAACUUUUUUGUUGGAUUGGUUGACGGUGUUCUCUAUUUUGGUAGGGUAAAUAACAAUCUUUAGUUUGCUUAGAAAAACUAUCUGAUCAAUUAUGUGUAACUUCUUUUAUUUAUUUUUUUUUUAAAAAAAUAAUCUGGGCUUAUGAUAAAAUUUUAAUGCAUUUACUUUGGUCUUUGUGAAACUUUAUUGCAUGAUUACAAAGUGAGGGUUUCUGUUGGGGGUUCACCUUGUGUUUGUAUUUUCACUCUUGAUUGUAUUGGUGAGAUUCUGUAGGAUGAUUAAGACCGCGGCUUACAUUAUGGAUCUAUAUAUGCUAACUCCCAGUUAAGUAACUGAAUUUGGAAAGAUUCCAUCUUAUGGCUUGUUUAGUUUCAAAUUGUUGCUAGUUGGAUUUUUUUAGGUAAUUCAUGUAGAGCAUAAAGAUGUUGUAUGAGGAACUCUUGAAUUCCCUUCUCAACGCUGGUAGUGUACUUGUACUUCGUUGUCUUGUGACAAUGCGUUAUGAAGAAUUGGGGAGUUUCCUUCUCUCAGUACCCAGUGUGUUUUUUCUUUUAUACUCCAUCUUUUGGGUUCUAUUUGUGGAGCAGGGGAGCUUGCUUGGGCUUAUGAGUAUGAUCUUAAUUCAUCUACUCAGAUGCAUAAAUGUGUUUACUAUCAUUACGAGGAUUCUUUAGCAUUCAUCUUUCUAGUUUUAGUAUGAUCAGCAACUGCUUAGGGUUGGUCUUGAUCAACUUCUUUCCUUUUGUAUAGUGAGCAUGUUAGAUCAUUUGCAUCUUCUGCGUUGUAGUUGGGGGGUAUUGAAAGAAAUUCUAAUUUAAUGCCACCAGAAAGAUUUUAUUUUAAAAAGGACAAAGUUCUGAAUCUAAGCUUCCAAAAAGUUUUCUGCUCUGUCCAUUUUUACUCUGUACUGUUGGUUUAUGCAAGGUGAAUGAAUCUUUGCGUGGAUGGAGUUGUAGUAUGAAUGAAUCACCUGGAUGGUGUCUCUUCUAUGUGCUAUGCAAAGCAAUUUUUGCUACUCCACAUGCCACCAAAAUGAGUUCUGGACCUUCUUUGGUUGUUCAAAAGGUAGGUAUGGUAUGUCAAGAAACUUGUACGUGACUAGACGUACAAUCUGAUGCAAUGCCAGAAACUUUUGAGGAACAUUGCCAAUCUAUAAACAAAAUGUCUGUGGCUGAUCAGUUUGGUUUCUUAUCACGUGAGAUUGUAGACUUGUUUGCUCAAAAUGAAGGUGCUCUUGCUUUUUGCUCUGAAACGUUGGAUUAUGUUGGGAAGGAAUCUGGGGUUCCCAAGAAAAACCAACUAAUCGACAUUCGUUUGAAGAGCUAUGAUCUGAGACGUGAUUCUGGAACUGUUGACCCUGUUCCCUUGUUUGCUGAACCUAUGGGAUUUCAGCUGUCAGACCUUGAAAAGGAAAGGUUGACUGCGCUCGUUCGCCGAGGCCUUUUUAGUGUUUCAGCUGAAGUUGAUUCUAUUGUAAAAGCUGUUAUUGGUAUCUGUCGACUCCAAUCGAUCCGUAGAAAUGAAGAAAGCUUGUCAAAGCACCAUGAAGCUCCAAAGGAUGCUAACACAGGGCAUGAUGCUCUGAACUGGCAAAAAUCAUUGCCUUCUGCUGAGAUGGAUGGUGACAUAAGAUUCAUUCUGAAUAGCGAAAGUUCAAAGGUUGAGCAAUUGGUGCAGAAACACUCAGCCCAACUUUUGGACAGGGUUGAACAAAUGAAGCAGAAACUUGAAGAAUUUACCGAUCUUCUGCUGUCUAAAUUCAGGCCGAUGACCCUGACUGAGAAGCAGAAGGUUCAAAAACUGAUCCAGAAUUUACCUCCCAAGAACCUGGACCGCAUAGUGGAGAUAAUCGUACGCGAUAAACCAUGCACUGAGGAGAUACAUGUCGAUUUAGAAGAGCAGAGCAAUGUUACUCUAUGGCGAUUGUAUUUCUUUGUUGUGGCUGUCGAAAGUGCUAGGAAGCUCUGCAAGGUUGCAUGAUGCCGGGAAUGAUUACAGAACGGCUGAAGAGAUGACAUGCAGUUGCAGAUAAGGGUGUGGGUGCAUUUAUACUGUCUAUACUUGCAGGUUUUUGGGCUUUGUUGAGGUUUUCAACUUUUCAGAUUUCUCAGCUAAUUGUAUAUCCUCAAGAUGCAUAGUUUGCAUAGGGACAAAUGAAAGGAAACCCUUUUUUGUUUUAAACGAGAAUGACUUGAAAGGACUUUUUUCAUCAAACCCCAGUGAUAUCUUAAUGUAAUGAUUAUUGAUGACUGUUGCAACACAAAAGUGCAAUUCAAUUGUGAUUAAUUAUACCCUCU